AUGCUUGUGCUGACGGCGGUGGGGCUGCGCUGCGGCCCUGCCAGCAGCCUGCGCUUGGCCGGGACGGCAUGCGGACGGCGAUGCCAACGCAGCGCAAUGCAUGCAGCGGCCGCAGCGGCGGCGCCCAAGGGCCCGCCCGCCGCCGCUCCCGCCCGCAAGCAGCAGCAGCACUCUGACCAGCCCCGCAAGCAGCCUCAGCAGCAGGAGCAGCCUCAGCCACGGGAAGAGGAGCAGCAGGGUGAAGGGCAGUCGCUGCUGCCGCGCGUGGUGCUCAAGGGCGGCAAGUCCAAGCUGUUUGCGGAGCAGCAGCAGCCCAUGGUGUACUCGGGCGCUGUGGACCGGGUGCUGGGGCGCCCCGCCCCCAAGGCCGGCGAUGCUGUGCUGGUGUGCGACGGCAGCGAGAAGACGAUCGGAUGGGGCGUGUUCAACCCCAGCAGCAUGUUCCGCGUCAGGAUGAUGCAGACAGCGGACGAGGUGUUUGGCGGCGGCGCCCUGCAGCAGCGCCCCGACCUCCACGCCCUGGUCGGCGCCCGCAUCCAGCAGGCGGUGCGCCUGCGUGCCGCGCUGGGCCUCCGCUGCGGCCCUGCCCCAGCAGCAGCGGCAGCCGGGGCGCGGCAGGGCGGCGGCGCCACUACCGUGUUCCGCCUGGUCAACAGCGAGGGCGACCGCCUUUCGGGGCUGAUUGUAGAUGUGCUGGGGGAGCACCUGGUGGUGGCGUCCUCGGGGUCGUCGGAUGGCGUGGUGUGCCUGUGGCGCCCCACGGAGGCGGCGCUGUCGGCGCGGCACAACUUGGGCGCCGUCGGGACCGAGCAGCUGGCAUCGCUGGGGGGGCACCCUGAGGAGGUGUACGCCUGCCUCUUCCUCCAGCACCAGCAGCAGGCUGGUGCCACCCCCGGAGGCGCGAACGGCGGCGGCAGCGGCGGCGGCAGCAGCGGCAGCGCACAGCGGCUGGUGGCAGCCAGCGGGGAGUCGCUCUUCCUGUGGGACCUGUCCACGCAGCGGCUGCUGCAGCAGGUGCCGCCGCCGCCGCCGCUAGAGGCGGCAAGCGGGGGCGAGCACCAAGGCAAGGCGCCCGCAUGGCCAGGCGUCCCCGAGCGGUGGCGCCCAGGCUACCUGUUUGGUGUAGCCGCCCAGCCAGACGGGCCGCUGCUGGGCGCCGCCUGCAGCGACGGCCGCCUGCGGCUGUGGGGCCGGCAGAGCGGCGACAGCGCCAUCACGCCGCUGUGCACGCUGCCUUGGAACCAGGCCAUGGGGUCCGACUGCUGCUUUGGUGAGGGCGGCCUGUUCUGUGCCGUGGCCAAGGAUGGCGGCGUGAUGAUGCUGGACGUGCGGCAGGGCGCCUGCCGCCAGCACCUGCGGCUGCAUGCGCCGCUGCUGUCGUGCGCGCUGCUGCGCCAGGGCGGCAGCCAGGUGCUGGCGGCGGCGGGGGCCGACGGUGGCAUCCACUUGAUUGACGUUGAUACGGGGGAGGUGGCCAGCCUGUUCCCCGAAGAUGCGCCGCAGCGGCCGCUGCUCUGCGCCACGCUGUCCUCAGACGGUGCCUGCUUGGCUGCCUCAGCGGCAGGCGCGGCAGCGGUGACGGCAGCAGCAGCAGCAGCUGCUCCCACCUUCUUCUCGCAAGCGGCAUGGAUGCAGUGGACUGCAGCCUCCCUAGGAGCUUACGUGCUGUACUGGGCGGCAGGCCUGAUGCGCUACAUGCCGCUAGGGCUGCCAGUGUCUGAUGUGCAAGCCAAAGAGACGGCGUCGCCUGGCAUGCGCCGGCUGCUGGCAGCCGUGGUUCUUGGUGCACUGCUUACCAUCUUCGUCCUGCCCUGGCUGGCCAUGUGGGCCAGUGGGUCGUGGUCUGCGGGUCUCACGUACUUCCUGCCGUCGAUGGUCAUGACGGUGGUCAACAUCACAUUGGAAAAACGUGCGAGGAUGGCGAAUCGCACGCUGGCCGUGUAUGCCUCCACUUCUGCCAACAACCUGUGGCGGCUGGGUGCCAGCGUGGCAGCGCUGUGGGAUAUGAGCCUCCUGGCAGCCACGGUCGCGGCAGCCCCCCACUUGGCACUCCAACUGAUGGCGGCAUGGCAGGCGACCUUCGCCGUAAUUGUGAUGCUGGUCCUGACGCCGGCCGCCAUUGCACGCUUGCCUGUUCGGAGCACGGCAGAGAUGUAG